AUGUCGGCUGUAGGAGGCAGCAGGUCGAGCAAGAGGAGGAGGCUGGAGGGAGCAGACACGAAGACAGAGAGAGAAAAGGAGGGGGGCAGAUCUGAAGCAGAAAGGGAAACCAAACGAAUACGAAGAAAGCUAUGCGAGCACGGGCGGCAGCGAUCGGUCUGCAAGGAGUGCGGGGGCAGCAGCAUAUGCGAGCACGGGCGGCAGCGAUCGAAAUGCAAGGAGUGCGGGGGCAGCAGCAUAUGCGAGCACGGGCGGGUCAGAUCGGUCUGCAAGGGAUGCGGGGGCAGGAGCAUAUGCGAGCACGGGCGGCGGCGAUCGGUCUGCAAGGGAUGCGGGGGGGGCAGCAUAUGCGAGCACGGGCGGCAGCGAUCGGUCUGCAAGGGAUGCGGGGGGGGCAGCAUAUGCGAGCACGGGCGGCGGCGAUCGGGAUGCAAGGGAUGCGGGGGCAGCAGCAUAUGCGAGCACGGGCGGGUCCGAUCGGUCUGCAAGGGAUGCGGGGGCAGGAGCAUAUGCGAGCACGGGCGGCGGGGAUCCAAAUGCAAGGAAUGCGGAGGCAGCAGCAUAUGCGAGCACGGUCGGAUCCGAUCGGUCUGCAAGGGAUGCGGGGGCAGCAGCAUAUGCGAGCACGGGCGGCGGCGAUCGGGAUGCAAGGACUGCGGGGGCAGCAGCAUAUGCGAGCACGGGCGGCAGCGAUCCAAAUGCAAGGAGUGCGGGGGCAGCAGCAUAUGCGAGCACGGGCGGGUCAGAUCGGGAUGCAAGGGAUGCGGGGGCAGCAGCAUAUGCGAGCACGGGCGGCAGCGAUCCAAAUGCAAGGAGUGCGGGGGCAGGAGCAUAUGCGAGCACGGGCGGGUCCGAUCGGUCUGCAAGGGAUGCGGGGGCAGGAGCAUAUGCGAGCACGGGCGGGUGAGAUCGGUAUGCAAGGGAUGCGGGGGCAGGAGCAUAUGCGAGCACGGGCGGGUCUGA